CUUCUCCGGUUUCUCAGUUUUCUCGCAUCCAACAUGGCUGGUCGAGGUGGUUAUGAAGAUUCAAGGGAUUUUUCAGGCGGAGUCGGUCACCGAGGAAGCAGGAAACCUUUGCCCACUGAACCCCCGUACACCGCAUACGUUGGAAAUUUGCCACAUGGAGUGGUGCAGAGGGACAUUGACAUGAUUUUUUCCAACCUGAGCGUUAAAAAUGUGAGAUUGGUGAAAGAUCGAGAAACCGACAGGUUUAAGGGCUUCUGCUAUGUAGAAUUCGCCACAGUGGCAGAUCUGGAGAAUGCUCUGCAGAUGAACGGUGGAAUAUUCGUGGAGCAGCAAGAGAUUAAAAUAGACAUUGCGGAGGGAAAGAGAGACAACAGAGGUGGAUUUGACAGGAGAGCUCGCGCACCCGGUGGAGGUGGACCCGGAUCUGCUGGAG